CGAUCUCCUCCCCUCUCCACUGUCCUCCAAAUUGCAGAGGUGAUCUCCCCGUGAUAGAAGGAGAGGACCCCCCAUGGGCAUGGAAAUCUCCCGGUGGAGGGUUAGAGCCCUGAGAUAUUCUCCCCUUGCAACCAAAUUAGGCCAGCGUAGGCCUCUCGCCCAGGGAAAGGGCGAGGAUUGGGGCUGAAUAUCCCCAGCGAGCGAGCGACCAAAUGCCGGUGUGGUUUUCCACGGGCCGAUUUGCGCCGUGGGCUCUGUACCCUGGGUCACGGGGAUCCCCCCGGGAUCACGGGGUACCAAACGAGUCCUUAUGGUGUCAAAAACCCUGGACGGAAAGAGUACAUGCAUUCAUUCAGCUGUGGGCAAGCCUGCUCGAUCGAGGGUUACUCUGCAUGCAGCCCGUUGAUGGUUGGCCGGCCGGGACGCUCGGGGUGGAGCGGUAGAAAAGACCGCGGGGAAAUGUGACUGCCCACGCCGACCUUCUAAUCGAAUCAGCAUGGCCAGGCCAGGAUCUCCCCCCGAAACCUCCCGGCCAUGCCGAGACCCAAGGCAGAGAGGCCCGUGCCGCCGCCGGCCUGCCGCCGGUCCCUCGCGGCGGGCGGGCUGGGCCUGGCGGCCGCGGCGUACGUGGGCGUGGACUACCUCAGCCGCACGUCCCCCUCGCUGCACGGGCGGCUGCAGCCGGCGAUCUGGGCGGCGCUGGCGCUCGCCACCGCCGCGCGGGCGCCCUUCUACCGCCGCUGGGACGCCGAGAUCCGCGCCGCCCCGUGGUUCCUCGCCGCCAUGAUCUUCAUGUUCGCCGCCCUGCUCUGCGAGGCCAUCUCCGUCCGGUUCGUCUCCAGCGUGCUCGGCCUCCGGUGGCAUAGAUCUACUGCUCCUCUUCCGGACACUGGUCAGUGGCUUCUUCUAGCACUAAACGAGAGGCUUCCUCAAACUGUGGUUUAUCUAUUGAGAGCCCACAUCAUCAGUCUACAUCAUUACUUGAUGUUGUUUAUCAUGUUGGGAUUCUCGGCAUUUUUUGACUGCAUCAAAGGUCCUGGCCUUGGAAUAGGCACAAGGUAUAUGUUUGCUAUGGCGGUCGGGCGUUUUCUUCGGACCAUAACAUUUGUUUCUACGAUUCUUCCAUCCGCAAGGCCUUGGUGUGCUGCCGCUCGAUAUAAAAUACCUGACCAUCCUCAUGCUUGGGCCCAGAAGUAUUAUGCUCCGUAUGCUUCUGAUCCGCGUGCAAUCCGCAGGGUCAUACUAGUGGAUAUGCCAUAUGCCAUUGUUCAAAAUUAUUCUGAUCACUAUAGACCUGAUUGGGCACAUAUGAGCUUCCUAAUAGACAUAUUGAGGCCCUCUGCCGGAGAGGGGCCUUCGUGGUAUCAUUUGGUGAAUAAAGCCGGUGGUGGUUGCAAUGAUCUUAUUUAUAGUGGGCACAUGUUUGUUGCUGUCCUGACUGCUAUGGCAUGGACGGGUCACCCCUAUGUUCAAACAUUCUUAUGUCACAACCAAGGAAGUGUGAUACGCCCACCCUUGCUAACAUGUGGUUCUGCAUUAGCCUUAGAGUGUAAAAACUUUGUUGUGGUGAAGACUUCAGCUUGGUGUUACGUAUCUUCCUCUCUUCAAUAUGAACGCCACGCUACAUUUGGACAGUUUUUAUGUUUAAUUUUUGUGUUGUCAAUUAAUCCCUGUACAAAUACCCAUUUGUUCUAAAGGGACAGAUGUCCAGCUUAAUACUAUAUAUCUCCAUGUUGCACCUUGCAGGAAGCGUACGGGGGAUGGAUAUCAGUUGGGAUAUGGUUUCUAGUCCUGCACAGUGCCCAGAGGGAGAUACGGGAGCGUUAUCAUUAUAGUGCCGACUGUGUUGUAGCAAUUUACGUUGGAAUCCUCUUGUGGCGGGUCACUGGGUUCAUCUGGUCCACGAGGGAUUCAGAUCAAGCCAGAAGACUUGCCAAACUCGACGAAGUUCAGAACAGAUUAUUUCAUGCUGCAAAGGACUCGGACAUCGA